AUGGCGACAGGGGGAAACUUUUUAGCUAAUAGCCCCAAAAAAGGCUACGACGCGUACGAAACGUAUAUCGAAGACCCCUCCUCCGUCGAGGAGAAAUUAUUCGGCCACUCGGCGGAGGAGUCCGACGACAAGGACGCUCCGGCAGUGUUCUUCUGCGACAAAUGCAAACUACCUGUCGGGGAUUCUCUGUCAUGGGACGGCAGCGACGACAAACGAAACCACAUUCACCUCAAGCGAGUCACCGAAAACGUGCUGGUUUCAAAAGACGCUCGGCUGCAUGAAGAUAGCAAAGGUUCUCCCUGUAUAAUUGUGGAUUUGGUGUGUCGGGGGUGCCAGACUGUUUUGGGGAUGAUCUACAAGUCCACACCAAUAAGCAUGGACCACAAGAGAUAUACUUUUUGCUUCAUGGUGGCAAAAAUUGGCAGUUAUGAAUUGGGUACCGCUAGCCAGAUGUUGUCAGGAGGGGGCGCCAACAGGCAGCCGGUCACUCUGGAAGUCAGAGACGACGUUGAACGGCAGCUCACUGAGAUGAAGAUGAUGGUGUUGUCGAUGGCACGUCACUUGGAGGAGCUGGAAGUUAAAGACAAGGCCUGA